AUGGUUGUCUCUUAUUCCUCCUGCUACGCAUCCCCACAGCCAUUCUUCCGAAGCACCUACCACCAACCCUUGCGAACCUCUUUUCAAGGUGUCUUUGCUUUGUUCGUUGUCCACAAAACCUCCACCGAUGCACCGCCUCUUCCUCCACUGCCCCCUCCAAAGAGUCAAAAGGAGGAGAAAAAGGCAAGGUGCGACGCAAACCAGAAUGAGCAGCGACAGCGCAAGAAGGCGCCUCGGGUCCGCAUUGAUACAACUUCCAAUGACCUCAUAGCCCAGUACCAUCCAAUCGCUGGUACGCUGGAUGAAGUUAUAUGGACACUGACAGAAACCGCUGGUGUCAAUGCCGGAGAUAUGUGA